UAAGAGUUUCUGGGUGACUGUUCUUUUUAUUUACCUUGCGUUGCUUUUACUUCAUUUAGCAGCUGAUUCUACUUUGCAUUAAGCAAUGCAGAGGAAGGGAUUGCAAACACAGAUGAGGCACCACUCCUGUUCUAGAGUUGUUGACAGUUGUUAAAGAGAGAAACACAGGUCCCAAAUGGUGUCAUCUCUGCUAAUGUCCUGAUGCCAAACCUAGAUUUAAUACUUGACCUAAUUGCAAUUUUGACCUUCCCCGGGAAUAUAAUCAUAAUCGGACCACUCUGGAAUUUUCUGGUCAGUACAAUUGAGAUAAACUGCAAGAUUACAUUCUCAUCAUUUCCCCAAAAGAAGGACUCUGGAGCCCUCCUCAAGUUUGGAAUCCAGCAGGACACGCUCCUUUCUGGGAAGCAACACGGUCUGGAGGCUGUCAGAGACAGGGAAGAAAAAAUCAACACAACCCUGUCUCUAGGAAGGAGUGAGUGAUCUGAUCUUAAGUGGUGUGAGAAGACCUAUUUUGAUCCAAACCAGGGUCUUGGGCUGGGUUAUUUCCAACCCGGGUCAAACAAUUGAUCAUAAGAUGUUUUUUUGGCUUAUGUGCUAUCUUGUGGAUGUGUGGCCGAUUUCUGCCUCAGAUGUGGGCCACUGUCCUGACCCCUUGCUGGUGACUGAUGAGUUCAGUUCCUUGAAACCUGUCAAUGUGAAUGACACUAUCAUGUUUAAAUACAAUGAGCAUUGCAUCCUCAAGGGCAACAAUUGGAGCCAGUGCCGAGAAAACCACACCUGGUUGACUCACUUUCCUGUCUGCAAAAGCAGAGACUGUGGCCCUCCUGAGACUCCAACUCAUGGCUAUUUUGAAGGAAGAGAUUUCAAGUCAGGAUCUACCAUCACUUAUUACUGUGAAGCAAGGUACCGCCUGGUGGGCACACAGCACCAACAGUGUAUCGAUGGGGAGUGGACCAGUACCCCUCCCAUCUGUGAGUUGAUCCAAGAAGCUCCCAAACCAGCCGAGUUAGAGUUGGAGAAGGCAUUUCUUGCCUUUCAGGAGAGUAAGGAACUUUGCAAAGCCAUAAAGAAAUUUACACAAAGAUUAAAGAAAAGUGAUUUAACAAUGGAGAAAGUAAAAUAUUUUCUGGAAAGAAAGAAGGCCAAGUUGAAGGCAAAAAUGUUGCCCUGACCUUGUAGCUGAGCAGACUGGGUAAUAGAAAUACUCCCAUGAAUAAAAUUUUCUCUUGGUUCUGAAA